AUGAGCGACUUAUCUCAGUCGGGUGCGCCGAGCGGGGGUCUGAGCACCACGGCCAUUGCAGCCAUAGCUACGGGGAUCGGUAUCAGUCUCAUCUGCAUCGUCGCGCUGAUCUUCCUGCUGGUGCGAGCUAUACGAAAUCACAAAAAGCUUCUUGCUGAUCUAGAAGAGCGGGGUGUAUCAAUUGCGCAAGCGCGAGGAGAGGUACGGGACUCUGUGACAAGACCACGUUCUGUGUUGAGGCGCAAUACUAUUCAUCCGUACAACAAGAACUCUGGAUGGGGAACAUUGACAUCCGUGGAGACUAUCAAGGCUUCUGAAACUGUUGGUACAUUGGAUCACUAUGUACCUCCAAAGCCGACAGAGGCCAUGAAGAAAGGGAGCCGACUGUCAUGGCCUUUCCAUACAAGACGCGUGUCCGGACACAACAUCCACCUGAAGAAAAUAAAAGGCUCCAGGCUAUCUACUGUACUGGAGGAUCCGAAACCAUCCGCAAAUGUACCUGUCCUGAGAAGUUCGCUCAACGGUUCGAGCAGGCCGCUGUUGCUGACCUCCCAGCCUCAUGGAAGCCGACAUUCAUCGUCUCAAUCUAUGCUUCAACAUCAUUCGGCCUUCCGGAAUUCGACUCAUGAAUUUGAUCCCAGCCAGCAAGGACAUCCAGCCUCUGGGACUUCUUACUUUCGAGCUGGUGCAAACGAUCGUUUGCAACGCGCCAAAUCAUUUGCAGAUGUACCCUCAGAUCCACCUGAGCGGCCACAACUUCGCGCAAGGUCUGCAAGUAUGUCUGGCCAUAUCUCUGGGAUUGCACCAGACGUGAUCCUACCUCCCUUACCACUCGACAUUGUGCGCAUCAAGAAUGAGGCAAGAUGGCAGGGUCAACUCAGACGAAUCCCAUCUAAACAGUCCGACUCUAGCUUUGCAUCAGUUGAUACCUCCAUUCUGAUCAACUAUGCAAGUCCAGUCAUGCCUCCGCCGGCGAAGAGGCGGCCUCAAAAGAUCACCAAGCCACGGACUCGAGGCUCAGGGUCUGCCGGAGCGAGACCAUUCCGUGAUUCAUUAGAUCUCCGAGCGAAAGUACUAGGUCUACGGCACACUCCCAGCACUAGCCCGGCUCGGCCAAAGACAGCUCCAUCUGAGAUGGAAGAGCGUUGGGCUGAGCAUUGGAGCAAGCCGCUGGAAGCAUCAGACAUGCAAAAUAUGGGCAAUUCCAAGAAGGCAAGACCCGUGACUGUCGUCGGACAUUCUUUCACCAGCAUGAAUACAGCAGCAUCUGGAGAUCCCAUGACGCCAAAAAGAAAGUUAAGGUCGCAUGCAUAUUCGGAGGACUCGCCUGAACGACAGAAGCGGAGUACAGGACGAGAAUCGAAUGGAAUUAUCCGAUCACCAAAGAGACAACAUUCGCAAGCAUCUUCGAGAAGCAGUGGCGGCAAUCCAUUUCAAUGGGAUCCUACACCGCUUUCUUCCACUGGGAAACCAUCAGCGCUGAAGGGCAGCCCAAGUGCACGACAAGGUCACCGUCGCAAGAAUAGUGUACGCAUCUCCCUGGUGCCGACCUUUCAUGGACCACCAACGAGAACGCCAAGCCCAUCCUUCAUCAUAGAGAACAAGGAAGACAUCACCGAAGGAGCUACUGUAGACAGAUCUACCGCAGGUCUUGGUCUGGCUAUACCGGGCCCUCGUGCGCUCCCCCACACCUCCGAGCUCUUCAACCUUUGCACCUGA